GAGGUUGAAGAGAUCAAGAAGAAGCUCAAGCUGGACAUGCAUUUGGACCAGUAUUUUGUGGAUGCCAACGAGCCAUACGUGUGGAUAUACGAUCCAGUGCCACUGAGAACAUGGAUCUUUGGGACGUUACUGGUGGUAGGUGCUGUGGCAGUGUGUCUCUUUCCCCUGUGGCCACGGACGGUGCGGGACUACGUCUACUACCUGAGCAUAGCCACUGCCUUCCUCCUAGGCAUUGUCAUCUCCCUCGCUUUCUUCCGUCAAGUACUGUUUGUGAUCAUCUGGGCGUGCACUCUGGGCCGGCACCACUUCUGGCUGUUGCCGAACCUGACCGAAGAUGUGGGCUUCCUCGAGUCCUUCUGGCCCAUCUACCAGUACGAGUACCGGGGCCCAGGCACCAGCAAGGACAGUAAAGCGAAAGACAGCAAAGCUAAGAAGAAGAAAGAACAGGACGACGGCGACGGCGGCAGCAAAGGGGAGCACUCGACGAGCGAGGACUCUGAGGAGAAGCGCUCCUCAGACCACAAUGGCGGGCAGGGCGACAGCAACGGCUUCGAGCUCGUUGACGGUCCUGUCGAAGACGAAGGCGGCAAGGAGAAGCAGUCCUGAUCCGAUGGAAGGCCACCCUGCUGGCUGGGUGGGUUGAAAUAAAAAGGGGGGACGACGUCGACACGAAAGGCUCGGUUCGCCACGACAGCAGGCUCACACCGUUUUGUUGGACAGUGAAGCGCUCCACUCGGCUGCACCGACGCACACCAUACCGUACAUUUCUUGCGUCCCUCUGGACCCUGCGUCAUUUUGAAUUUUUAUACUGCAAAUUCGUUGAAGCAAAGAAAGAAAGCAGUUGUUCCUCCGUGACAUUACAGGUCUCUGUGAUCCUAACAAGGUUAUCUUUUGCUUGGUUUAGGUUUCUUGUUUCACAACUGCAGGCAGUUAUUAGGGGAGGGCAGUCGGGUCAUAUGGACACCAGCAAAGUCAUGUGUGAAUUGCAUCGCUUUGGUUUGCAUUAUGUAUAGCUGUUGUAACGAAAGAUUGGUUUGCUAAUGUCCUGCAAAGCAUUUUUUGGUUUAGGUUUCUCGUGGGGUAGAAAGUGCUUCAAACACUAGCUUUGCCCGAUCGGCAGUUGCACUGCUCAUGUCAUGUAGUUUACCAGUAAGCUAUUGUUAGAGCUUUCACAGUUUUGUCAGUGAUAACCAGCGAUAACCAGGUUUCGAUUGUCAUAAGGUCAUCUAAGUUUUUGCUGGAACCACUCUUUUAUCGAAUGCAACCACAACUGCUAACAUGUUAAUGCAUGCACAAAGGUGUCGGAGGCACACUUCUGUUAUACCCAACACCUGCACAGAAACUGUGCACCGUACAAAAAUCAAUUUUAUUAAUCUUGUUUUGUCAAUUAAUGCACGAGCCACUUUAGGCAUUUUUCUGAGCUUUAUAAAGAAGCAUGCCCUUUGCUCUCUCUCUCUCUCUCUCUCUCUGCUUUUGUGCUCUAUGAUGAUUAUAUUUACAGCAACAGCUAUUGAAUCUUCCUCUUGGUAUUCUGCUGUAUGAUUUUAAAGAGUCCAGCCAGUAGAUGUCAGGCAUUUCAAGGUCAUACAAAUCUGGCACUUUGGUUUCUUUCUGCUGGCAUGUGCAGUAUGGUAGAUGUGGUGACUAAGGCGGCUUUUGUGGUGAUUUCAUUUUUUUUCCUUGGUAUUAAUGUUCGCGCCUUUUUCCUGUUUUUACAGCUGACUCACUUUCUUUUUGCAUUGUGUGCCUUUGUGCCACGAAGCAGCAUUUUGUGAAAGUUUUUUUUUUUUCAAGUUGCUGACGUUUGCCCUCUAUGACUAUCUACAAUAUCGUCACAAAGCAUUUCCUGCCCAUCUGAGUAACAGAAAAGGUGUGCUUGAAGCACAGCAAUGUUUCUUUCACUUAGAUAUUGUGUCUCUCUGCAACUCAUUUUAAGAUGUAGCGGCUGGCACUAGACUAUAGCUUUUAUUUAACCUUUUUUUUCCAGCUCUAAACACAGGUGUACUUUGUAAUGUGUCAUUACUUCUGAUCAGAAACCAGAGGAGAUAGUAAAUUUGGAGACGUUUUUCGUUUUCUGCCUGUUAUCACGGGAUCAUACCAGAUACACUCCCGAAGUCAUUGCGAAUUUACCACAGCUGCCGCUAUGCUUCCAUAAACUGCUGCCAGCUUGCGCAUCGGACUUAUACCGGCUUCUGUUGGCUGCGUUGCACGGUAACAUUCAUGUGAAUGUGUGUUAGACAUUCCAUGUUUUGCAGUUCCCAAAUCCUCUGAGCGGGGGGCUUUCACCUCCAGACAUUUAAUAUUUCUGAAUUCUCACAGUAGUCACUGUUGCAACUUGAUGAGCACAUUUCUCAUUAGUGACACUAACAUCUUGGGACUUCAACAAAUUGCUCACAAGACUUUUGGAGCAAUACUAUUGAUGUUUAAGUAGAAGUGGUUUUGCAACACAAUAAUGCUACCGAAACACAGCCCUACCUGUAUAAUACUUUCACGUGCUCUUAUCCAUUGGCUGAGGGUUUGCUGUUGCCUCCCUCACCUCUUAAGGUGGCUGUUGUUGUGCAUUGCAGGGAAGUUUCUUCCUUCUUUUUUUUUUUCUAUAGCUGCUCCGCUGAUGCGCAGUGGUUUAGCCGCGUGAAUUUUAGGCAGCUUUCAGGCAUAACUGAUGGCACGUAAUUACAGUUAUUGCUAAUGCAGGAACCAUCUAUUUUGUGCACAACUUUUGACAGCCCUGUUUACUGUGGUGCUAGGAUGUAUAUUUAACUGUGGUUACUGAAAUACAGUUGUUGGUUUUUUCUUUACUCGUACUGCCAUUAGUUACAAUGAGGGAAAGAGCAUGGAAAACAAAUGUAGCUCGAUAGGAUGUCUUCUCUGGCUUGUUGGUGCAUUCUGUUAAACGUCGUUUGUGGGCGUGAGCCAUGAUUUAUACAAAAAAAAAAGGGACGACGUUCAGAUAUGAGCUUUUCAUUGGCAAAUUUGUUUGAGAACUGUUACCUUGUGAUUUCGCAAUGUGCAUGCCCUCGUCCCAUGUCACACGUGUGCGAAAGUUGCACCUACAUUCUAACUCUGGAGCAUUAAAUCAGUUGGCUGCCGGCAGCUCAUGUGCAUGUUGUCCUUUUAUAUGUCUCGAUUUGCUGUGCCCACAAACAAUCUUUAACAGAAAAGGACAUUUAUAAGAAUAAAAAAUAUUUCCAUUUUGGCUGAGGACGCACAUUUCAAGACUCAAGCAGAACCAUGUAUACUUGUAUAACACUGGAGCCAGUCCGUUCACUGCCUCAUUUGCUGCCAACCAUGUGGUUUAUAAUGACUCCCAGAUACAACUGUUUGGGCUGCCAUCAGUGAGUGUGUUUUUCAAUGUCAUUUAAGGAUGAUUAACGUUUAUUACAUAGUGGUUUUCAGCAGCUACAGUGCACAUUGCAUAGAGGAUCUGACUAUCUCUUGUGUUCUACAGUGGCUGUAUCAUAACCUAUGCUUCUUUAGUGGCAGUGUGGUCAUUUCGUACGCCGCAAAUGCUACGCUUGGUAUCACUUUUGAGCUUUGUUAAGCAUAAUUUACCAAUUAUGCUUUUGAAAAUGUGUGCGAGCAUACUCAAUACUUGGUGAAUUCUUGUUUGGUGUUGUUAUCUUGCUCUUUUUCAUUACACUCGAACACUAACACUUCAAGAAAACUAAUCUCAGUCAGUUCUUUUGGCCUGAUGCUUAUAACCACGACUGCAUUGAUAUCCUGACAGAAUUGUCCGUUUCUAGGGAAAAGCACGUUCUUGGUGGUUUGCAGUAAAGCAGGAUUGUCUUGUCGUUUUAUGAUCUCUUUAUUUUGCAUACAUAGCAUCUAUCAUCGUUUGAACUUGGUGUUUUCAACACUCUGGUCAUUUAUGCAACCAGUAUUUAACAAUUCUUUGUCAGCCUCUAAAAGAGUUUUACUGGGUUGAAAAGACCAGCCUGUCAUGCAGUAUGUGCUGGCUGUUGGUGUGCUUUAAAAGGGAAAAACAAUGUGUCGAAAACGUCCUUUCGUUUUAUUUAACUUGCUGGGCAUUCUUUUUACAUGUUCACCAUGGCAAGUCACUUUUUAAGCCUCGGAGCACUGGCAUUAAGGAGCAAAGACGUGUCGAGCAUAACGUGUACUUGAAUAAAAUGUGUAUAUAUAUA